GACCGCCUGACUGUACAGUUUUGAUUCUGCUCUUCGGACCCAUGGACCAGACGGUAGCAACUCUCCUCUUUACCCUCGGACUCCCAGAGGUGCUCGAAAACCCCCCGACGAUGCAGACGAGUCGGCAUGAUGACACAUUAUCGCAGUAGUAUGAAAUCGUAGUCGUUGUACUCGUCAAACGCUAUGAUCAUUACUCGAGGACCGCAGCAAGAGACCAAAAAGCUCCUCGCGUAUCCCACAUCCUAUCGCUAUUGGAUCCGGGCAACCGUAGAAUGCAGCCCUCACGUUGAACAGGCUUACCGUGUAUGUGCAAGCACUAUCGCCAGGUAUCAUUCUAUACUCGCGGCGCUGUCUAGAAAUCAAAAUUCCUUUUGCUUUUUAUCUGGUCAAGGCGUCAUGUUGCGGCCAUACCCUAGAAGGAGAUAUGCAGGACAGCGGAAGAGGUUUAAUGCCCUACCCGCUCCAUCCGUCAAUCAGUUUCAAAUGCAAUUGUGGAGUCAUGUUGGCAAAUGGGCAGCCCAAAAGCGCAUAUGCUCCUCGUGCGUCCCAAAUCCUAUCGCUAUUGGAUCCGGGGCCACCCUAGAAUGCAGCCCUCACGCAUCCUCCAUAUGCAGGACUGAUAUACUUCUCAUCACAGAACCUAAUUGACCCGUUGAGUGGCGAAGAUAAGUGAACAAAGUGAGCCAAAUAAGUAUCUUUAUAUUGCCUCGGGUAUGAUCGAUGCAUGCUCGACCUGCCUUCAUCCGUUGGCUUGAACAUGGCGGUGCCAUCGUCUGCUACACCGCGCAGCUUCCUGGACAUCCUGAACGUUUGCGAUAAUUACCGAAUC